AUGGUCAAGAGGAAAUAUGGCAGGUCUUAUUCCCUCGAUGACACGGAUUCUAGCAGCAACAAAGUGCUGAUAAUGCCUACUGGCCAAAGCACGUCCAAUGCUAUCACCGAUUUCUCCGUUAGGAAGGCACAUGCUUGUGAUAGAUGCAGGCUGAAAAAAAUCAAGUGCGAUGGUUUGAAGCCGAACUGUUCAAACUGUUCGAAAAUUGAUUUCCCUUGCAAGACGUCAGAUAAGCUAUCCAGAAGGGGUCUUCCCAAGGGGUAUACAGAACUGCUGGAAAAAGAAAUCGUGCGUUUGACGAAUAUGAACGCUAGUUUUGCCGCCAGCACUAACCUUAAUUUGCCAUUCAUUAACGACACGUUUUACUGUUUUGAUAAUUACAACAUUCAAUCUGUCAAUCAAAGAUUUCUGGGUCAUUUGACUUGGAAUAUUCUAACCAAUACUUUUCCCACUUCGAAAUCUGCCACUUUUUCAGACGGUCGCAAUCAAACUGACCUGCAAUUACAAUUGUUAACGGAUUUUUUGAAUCUAAAUAGCGAUUUUAAUCAUUUACCAAACUUUCUUCUUCUUAAAUAUAAUUAUAACCUACAGUUCCUGAAAAAUUUGUUAACAGUAGUUAUCAAAGAUUUUUUCAAAAGGCAGAAUUCCUUGCUACUACUAUUAUACCCUUCAAAUGCAUGGAAGAACUUGCUAUUGGACAAGAUCAAUUCAACGGCAACAACGGGCGAUUCAAUAACUCUACUAACUUUACUUUAUAUUAUUCAAUUCACUUGGUCUUGUUUUGAUGAUUUCAAGCUUUUUAAAAUCACAAAACUAAUCAUAUCACUAACUACCAAUAACACUUUAGACUUGAAGGUUUUGCAGUUGGUUAACUUAUCCAUUUUUUAUUUCAUGGGCGGCUCUAUUGAUUCCUGUAAAAACAAAAGCUCGCCGACAGCAAAUACAAGUGUAAAUUCCAUAAUAUGGACCAAUGACUUACUUAAUCUAAACUUCACAAAUAUAUUGAAUACAGGUUUGUAUAUAAAUCCCAAUAACCUAAUUUCCAUUGCUAACGGUAACAACAAUAGUAAAUCAAACGAAGAUGAUGAUAGAAUAGUGACAUUUUGGUGUUUCCAAUUUUUAAACUCAUGGUGGUCUUUAAUCCAAGGUUUACCGAAAUCAAAUUUUUUAGUUGAAGAGUUCCAACCAAAAUCAAUUUCGGUUUUAGAGAUUCCCAAGUUGAAGCCGUUUGAAAUCUUGCUAAACUCUAUCAUGAAUUCUCUGGAUGGGUGUAAUUUACUAAAGAUCACAUCGUUAGGCGUUUCAGACCCAAACUUCCAAUUUUUCCAGGACGAACUGGAAAAUUUUAAAAGAAAUUUAUUACUUUGGAAUCUUUACCACAAUCUAAGCGAUCAUGAUAACUUCCGAUUUUUAAUCUCAAGACAAAACACAAAGCUUACAACAAGUUUAUUAAUGGAAAAUUUAUCAAAUUUAAAUCAUAAACUUAAUCAACCUGAUUUUGUGGAAAUUCAAUUAACUUUAUUCUACCUGAGCUUAAAACUGAUAACUUUAAAGGAAGAUGGACAGGACUUGGAAAAAAAAGAAGAUGUUUCACUAGAAAUCUUGACCUUGUACUUUUUGAUUUUAACAGAUAAUUCGAAUAAUGAUGAUAAUCAACAGCUACAACCUCAGCAGCUCAAUCUCUACCACUUUACACCCUUCAAUAGCAUUGAUAUUAUCAGCUUAUGUUUGAAUAAUUUAAAUAGUUGGUCAACAUCGCAGAAAUACGAACAAGAUUCAGAUCAACGACAGUUAAAUGAGGCAAAGUUUGAGCGCUUUCAAAAUUUUUUGAAUCAUUGGUGUAUAAUAUGGUACUAUGACGAGCUUUGUACAAAUACUUUUCUACAAAUUCUUAAGGUCAAUUUCAGGUUGUUAGAUUUCAAAGUAAUUCAUUCUACGCAGCAAGAACAACAAGAACUGUCGAUCAGUUUGAACAAAUUGAGAUAUUUACAUUCAGUAUCCAGCUUUAACUCGGGUGCAGUCAAGUCGAACUCUACAUCAAAGGCUAAUACUCAGCUUAAUCUUUUACAACAUUCAAAUUCUAAUUUCCUAAAUGCGUCUUCAUACGACUUUAAUAAGAUUUUCAUGAAUAACUUUGAAAACUAUGACUAUGAGACGGACGAGGGUUAUGCGGAAGAUGACGAUGAAGAAGAUAGUGACAGUGAUAAUAGUCUGCCACUCGAGAUUCCCUUCAACAAAAAUAAAAAUAAACUCAAGAGUAAAAAUAAAGAAAUGCAACAAAGACUGUCUUUAUUUCAAAGUGGAGAUAACAAUCCCGUAAAUUUCAAUCCAAGCCCAAAUUCAGAUCCAAAUUCAAAUCUAAAUCCGGAUUCGUCAUCCACUGUAUCUACCAAAAAAAAAUUUCUAGAUCAUAUCAUUUUAGAUAACAGAGAAAUUACUAACAAUGCUGGCUCCAGUAAACAAAAAUACAAAAUUCAGAAUAUUUUGAAUUCCACCUUUUAG